AGAACGAACGAGAGUGGAAGUUGUCGUAGGGAACGAAGUCAGGCAGAGAUGAUGGAAAAUGAAGGGUGAGUUCUGGUCUAAUGAUGCUCAGAGGCGAACUUGAAAUUAUUUUCAUCAUCCAAGACCCGUUUACUGACUCAACCCCUUCGCUUCACCUUUUUCAGCUGAAAGGUUGCCGUUGAUGACUCGAGCGAAGGCGGCUUAUCCAACGAUUGCAGCAUUAGAGCCUCGACGAACAUUGUCACUUGGUUUGACUGGUGCCUAAGCCGAUUCAUUGAACGACGAGCUUCUCGAACGAGGCGAGGCGCUGGCGCUCCAAACGUCCUUGUAGGAGCACGAAGUUCGUCCGUUAUCGAAUGAUAGUCCUCGCUUCCCCUAUCUGGACCCUCGCGCUGAACUGCGAGGCGGCGCCCAACACAGUCUCGAAACAACUUGGCUCUUGUUUGCAUGCAAAUGGACCCUCUGCGGAUUCGACGCUGUGACUGCCACUUGGGACCCUACGGCUGCGAACUAGUUGUGCGUAACGCAUCUCCCGCCGACCCAAACAUACUGUCAUCGCGUCUCAGCGUGUAUACUUUAGCAACCGCUCGACGCUCCUGCACGCUGUCGAUCGCUGAUUUAACGUUAUCAACCAAUUUGCCGCGCUACGUGGACUCGAUUCGAUUGCGCCAACACCUCAUGUCAUCUCACCGCACUGGGACUUGAGUGUCUAAUCAAUCGAUGUUGGAUGUGCUUCUGGCAGGGCGCAUCAUUGACGCACA